ACCAUCGAGGCUCCCCUUCGGCCCCGCGGCGGCGCGAGGAUGAUGAAGCCCUCGGCACACGCCGAAGAAGAUGACUUCGUGCCCGAGCUGCAGAGGAGCAUCCACCCCCGAGAGAGGCCGGACUGGGAGGAGACCCUCAGCGCUAUGGCCAGAGGGGCGGAUAUCCCUGACAUCCCGGGGGAGCUGCCGCUCCGCACGUGCGGCAGCACAGCCAGCAUGAAAGUGAAGAAUGUGAAGAAAUACCUCCCCCCGGGACUGAUGGGCUGUGAUGCCUUUCACAGGUUGUCCUUCACCAAGGGCCACUUCCCGAAGAUGGCUGAGUGCGCCCACUUCCACUACGAGAACGUGGAUUUUGGCAACAUCCAGCUUUCGCUCCCGGAGGAACAGAAUGAAGUAACACGGAACGGCUGCGAAUCCAAGGAACUCGUCUACCUUGUCCAGGUCUCUUGCCAGGGAAGGAGCUGGAUCGUGAAGCGCAGUUAUGAAGAUUUCCGAGUGCUUGACAAGCACCUUCACCUGUGCAUCUACGACCGCCGCUUCUCCCAGCUGGCCGAGCUGCCCCGUUCCGACGCCCUGAAGGACAGUCCGGAGCUGGUCACCCAGAUGCUCAUGGCUUAUCUGGCCCGUCUCUCGGCCAUCGCAGGCAACAAGAUCAACUGUGGGCCAGCCCUCACGUGGAUGGAGAUUGAUAACAAGGGGAAUCACCUGCUGGUCCACGAGGAAUCAUCCAUUAACGUUCCUGCCAUCGCUGCUGCCCAUGUCAUUAAGAGGUAUAUUGCUCAGGCAGCAGAUGAGCUGUCCUUUGAGGUGGGAGACAUCGUGUCCGUUAUUGACAUGCCUCCAAAGGAGCUGACCACGUGGUGGAGAGGCAAACACGGAUUCCAGGUUGGAUUUUUCCCUAGCGAAUGUGUGGAAUUAAUUAAUGACAAAGUUCCCCAGUCUGUGACCAAUUCUGUGCCAAAACCAGUUUCCCCCGCCCACGGAGCCCGUCCUGCGUCCUGGAGCUACUUCCCCCCUUAUUUGGAGCUGGAGAGUGUAAAGCCAGGCUCUGCUCCCGGCACAGAGGCCCUGACCCAGGCCCAGCUGAGCUCAGUGUCCAAGAAGCACGGCAAGCUCAUCACCUUCCUGCGAACCUUCAUGAAGUCGCGGCCCACGAAGCAGAAGCUGAAGCAGCGGGGGAUCCUCAAGGAGCGGGUGUUCGGCUGCGACCUGGGCGAGCAUCUGCUCAACUCGGGCCAUGACGUCCCCCAGGUCCUCAAGAGCUGCACUGAAUUCAUCGAGAAACACGGCAUUGUGGAUGGGAUAUAUCGCCUGUCCGGGAUCGCAUCCAACAUCCAGAAGCUCCGGCACGAGUUUGACUCUGAGCAGAUCCCCGACCUAACCAAGGACACCUACAUCCAGGACAUCCACUGCGUGGGCUCCCUCUGCAAACUCUACUUCCGAGAGCUGCCGAACCCCCUGCUCACCUAUCAGCUCUACGAGAAGUUCUCAGAUGCUGUUUCUGCUGCUACGGACGAGGAGCGGUUGGUUAAAAUUCACGAUGUCAUCCAGCAGCUCCCUCCUCCUCACUACAGGACACUGGAGUUCCUAAUGAGGCACUUAGCUCGCCUAGCUGAUUACUGCUCCAUCACAAAUAUGCACACCAAGAACUUAGCCAUUGUCUGGGCUCCCAACCUCCUGAGGUCGAAGCAGAUUGAGUCCGCCUGCUUCAGCGGCACGGCCGCCUUCAUGGAGGUGCGAAUCCAGUCGGUGGUGGUGGAGUUCAUCCUCAACCACGUGGACGUCCUCUUCAGCUCCAAGCUCAGCUCGGUCAUUCGAGAUGGGGCAGGCCACAGCUCCUUAUCGCGGCCCAAGUCUCUGCUGGUGUCUUCUCCUUCCACCAAGCUGCUCACCCUGGAGGAGGCCCAGGCACGGACACAGGCCCAGAUCAACUCCCCCAUCGUGGCAGACAGCAAAUACAUCGAAGUAGGGGAAGGCCCUGCAGCUCUGCAGGGCAAAUUCCACACAGUCAUAGACUUCCCCGCGGAAAGAAAAAGGCCUCCCAAUAAGAUGAAGAAGUCACCCGUGGGCAGCUGGCGUUCCUUCUUCAACCUGGGCAAGUCUUCCUCCGUGUCCAAGCGCAAACUGCAGCGCAACCCCAGCGAACCCUCUGAAAUGAAAGCCAUAGCCCUGGCAGGUGGAAGAGGAGACAGUGGGACCCUUCGCUCGGCUAAGAGCGAAGAAUCACUCACCUCUCUGCACGCUGUUGAUGGCGAAUCCAAACUGUUCCGACCCCGGAGACCCAGGUCAAGCAGCGACGCGCUCUCCGCUUCCUUCAACGGGGAGCUCCUGGGGAACAUGAAUCGCUGCAAUUCCUACGACAACCUGCCCCACGACGACAGCGACGGCGACGAGGGGCUCAUCCACGUCCCUGCCCUUAUCUCCCCUCGAUCUGCCGAGGACGUCGACCUGAGCCCGCCGGAUAUCGGCGUCGCCAGCUUGGAUUUCGACCCCAUGUCUUUCCAGUGCAGCCCGCCCCAACCAGAGCCCGAGUGCCUGGAGAGCCACACGUCCCUGCUGGAGUCCAUGGGCCUCCACACGGAGAGGCCCGGCCCCAUGAAGAAGGAUUUCGAGUCGGGCAGCCAGUCGCAGACCCCCGGCAGCGCCACCAGCUCUGAGCCAGUGUCCCCCUUCCAGGAGAAGAUGAGCCCCUUCUUCACGCUGGACCUGAGCCCCAGCGAAGAGAAGCCCCCCAAACCCCACACGUUCUCACCCAAAAUGGGGCGAAAACCCCUCAAGUCGCCGCCGCCGCCGCCGCCGGGCGCAGCGGAACCCACCGCCUUCGCGCUGCCCAGCCGCCUGCCCGAGACUCUGGGAGCGGGAAUAGCCAGAAACUCCUCAGCUUCCAGCUGGAGCAAAGGCCUCGGCCUCGCGGAGAUGCCAACCAGGUCCCCACCCCAGCUGGCCUUGCCCCUGCCAAGCACCGAAAGGGCCGCGGGGGAAGGAGGCCACGCGGAGCCGCAGCAGGGCCCGCUGGCGGCUGCUGCCAAACCCGAGGUGCAAGAGGAAGGGGAGAGAGCCAUGGCCAGCAGCCACACUAAGACUGUACCCUCUGGACACACGCAGCCAGGAGCAGUUGCCCUCGACUCCCCCCAGGAUCCUGUUCCCGUCAGUUCCGUGUCUCUUAUCCCUCCUCCUCCUCCGAAAAACGCAGCGCGCAUGCUGGCCCUAGCCUUAGCCGAGUCCGCGCAGCAGGCGAGCGCUCAGGCUCACAAAAGACCCCCGGAGGCUCCGGGCGAAAGCCCCAAUUCCACCGAGGCGGCGCCCGCCGCCGCCGCUCUGGAAAAGCUCCGGCUCGGGGCGCCGGACAAGCUCCAGCUGCACGCGGGCCCGUCCGAGAACCGACUGCACUUCCAGCCCGCUUCCCACGUGGAGCAGGAAUUCCAAGGGAGCGGCGCCGAGCGCAACCACCAGCCGCCCACUGCCCCCGGUGCCCGCGAGCCCCUUCCUCCGCAGCCUGGUGGGCCGGGUGUCGGGGACGUGCCCUGGGACCACUGCACCCUGCAGCCUGCGAGAGCCGGGGACAAGGAGCAGCUCCCCCAAGCGCCACCCGCUUGGGAAGCGCCCUCGGCGGAGCCGGCGCCGGAGCAGCCGCCGGGGCGGGCGGCAGGCGACAGGCACCGCGGUCCUGCCGAGGAGCAGCCGCCGCCGACCACGGGGGCCAAGGCGGCGCCGGGGGGCUCCGUGCUCUACUUCGUGCCGGUCCCGCCGGCGGCGUCCAGCGAGCGCCUGGAGGCGGCUCCCGUGGACCCUCCGCGCGCGCCCGCCCCGGCGCCCCAGCCGGAUCAGCAGGCAGCCACCGGACAAGCGCCGGGCACCAGGAUGCCAAGCGGCCCCACGCAGGUGUGGGCAGCAGCUGCGCCGGAGAAGCCGCCGGAGCCUGCCGCCCUCCUGCUCUCCGAGGGCAGCUCCGAGAAGCCCCGGGAGGCGGCGCGGGCGCCGCCGCUGCACCUGCGCUCCGAGUCGGUGCCCACAGGCUCCUCGCACGGCCCGGCCCUGCUGGCGUCCGCGCUGGACGAGGCGCCGCCGCCGCCGCCACCACCGCCCAAGCUGGCAUCGCUGCAGCCCGUCUACAUCCCGCACGCCAAGCCCGAGAGCGCUGCCGAGGUGCCCGCCGCCUACGCGCCGCACAAGUACCGGCCCGAGGGCGCCGCGCCGCACGCCUACGCGGCCCAGGCCGAGCCGCCCGCGCGCUACCACACGUACACGGGCCAAGGCAAGAGCGCCGGCACCCUCGCCGCCCGGCCCCGCGGCCGCACUGCCGCCCCGCCGUGCGCUGCCUACGCCGACGAGGCGCCCCCGUACCCCUCCAUCCGCAGGGUGCAGUCGCUGCACGCGCCGCCGCCGCCUCCGCCCGCCGCCGCCAUCCGCUCCGUGCCCAUCUCGCGCACCGAGGUGCCCCCGGACGACGAGCCCCUCUACUGCCCGCGGCCCCUCUACCAGUACAAAGCCUACGCGCCCCACUGCGACUACCACGUGACGCAGCUGCAGCCCUACUUCGAGAACGGGCGCGUGCAUUACCGCUACAGCCCUUACUCCAGCUCCUCCUCUUCCUCCUAUUACGCCGCCGCCGACGGCGCUUUCUACGAGCUGGAGCCCUACAGCACCAUGCGGGCCCGGCCCUGGCACCCCCUGCCCAGCCGCGACGCCGCCUCCUACCCGGCGCGCCUGCCCAGCCGUGGCCUCUACCGCUACGCCGGCCUCCCCGCCUACCCGCGCGGCGCCGGCGGGCACCUCGUGGGCAAGGAGCACAGCUUCGUGAGCCGCGACGUGCCGCCCGCCGCCGACGCCAAGCCCCCGUACGCCUCGUGGGACCUGGAGGACAUGGACAGGUACCGGCUGCAGUCGCUGCGGCGCGAGAGCCGCGCGCGCCAGAAGGCCAAGGGCCCCGUCACGUCGCAGUACGACAACGUGGCGCCGCUGCUGCCACCCAUGGAGGAGCUGCCCGGCGGCCUCGACGUCGUCCACCUGCGCAGCAAGUCGGACCCGGGCAAGAGCGGCCUCCUCGCCGUGGCCGAGGCCAAGGAGGGCAGGUACGUGGCCAAGGCGCCCGACGGCGACGAGCGCUACUACGCACCGCUGCCCGGCGAGCCGGAGCCCGACCGGGGCCACUACCCGGGCGCCUUCGGCAACGGGCAGCCCGAGAAGCCGUCGCUGCCGCAGAAGCAGAGCGGCGCGCGCGGCCGCAAGGCGCACGAGGCGCCCGAGCCCGCCAAGAACGGCGGCCCCUACGCCGAGUACCGGCCCAAGGCGGCGCCCGAGCCCGCCAAGUACCUCCCGGCGGCCGCCGAGAGCCUCCGCCACAGCGCCAAGGAGAAGCACUCGCGGGACUGCUACGAGGAGCACGCGGCGCCGCCCAAGCCCGAGCGCAGCCACAGCCUGCGCGCGCCGGCCGCCGAGAGGGACUCGGCGCCGCUCUACGCGCCCUACCAGACGCUGGGCAAGCGGCACGUGACGCUGCUGGCCCACUACGAGGGCGCCGAGCAGCACCCCAGGGCCUUCGCCCACGCGCACGGCCGGACUUACGCCACGGCCCUGGGCCAGGGCGCCUUCCUGCCCGCCGAGCUGUGCUUGCAGCGGCCCGACGCCGAGGUGCACGUCGAGUGAGCGGCCGCGCGCCGCGGGGGGACCCGGGGGAUAGAGCCUAAGCAGCCUCUGCUGGA